AGUAGUAGUAGUAGGGGGAGGUCCACCGGCUCUCGCAUGCAGCGCGUCUUUGGCGUCUUUUUUCGAGCGCGUGCAUGUUUAGUUGCGGUUUGGCAGUCGUUGAUCACAAAGCUCGCGUUCGCUGUCGUGCGUCUCGAUCUUCUCGCGUGUGUGAGAGUGUGUGUGUUUCCCGUGCGUGCUGGAGCUUUAAAGUGCAUCCAAAGUCUUGUGGAUUGCUCGCUCGAAAAGUGGAUUAUUUGUGCUUUAUUAAAGUGCAAACCCGUUUAAGCUUACUGCAUAAAUACCAAAGCGCCAUCAUGCAACCACAAAAGCUUGUGCUCGAUUGUGUCCGAUGGAACCGGAUGGGAUUCGUCCUGGCCGUGUUGGUCGUGCUGCUCAGUGAAAGUGUAAUCCAGUGUGCAACGCCAAAGGCUCUCGCGGGCAACUCACACGGUACCAAUUGUCCGAAUUGCGUUGAAGAAUCUACUGCCCCACCACGAUGGACUAUGCCGUUGCUGAAGCUGGGAGAGAAGCGUUACUACCUCAGCAUCUUCUUCAAGGCUAACUGGUUCAAAGCGCUGCAGUACUGUCGGUUCCAUGGAAUGCAACUUGCCAGCAUACAGACACAGGAAGAGAACGAUCGGUUGGAGAAAUACGUUAAAGAUUAUGGUCUCGCAACGGAACACUUCUGGACCUCGGGUACCGAUCUGGCCGAGGAGGGUAGUUUCUUCUGGGUGUCGAACGGACGGCCACUUUCCUUCACGAACUGGAACGCCGGUGAACCGAACAACUUCCGCUACGAAAACGGCGAGGAGGAACACUGCCUUGAGCUGUGGAACCGUGAUGGCAAGGGGCUGAAGUGGAACGAUACACCCUGCAGCUUCGAAACGUACUUCAUCUGCGAGGUUUAAACAAACCCGGGACUGACUUUGUGUGCCUUUUCCACCCAUAUCCAGCUGCGAGAAGUAAACGGGGAAAUGAUCAUACCGCCGGGUCUUUGUCGUUGAAUCCUUCAAGUAAUCUCUCAUACUCAACCGCUAUUGUUCGAAUGGCUGGCCUCCCAUUUCCGGGACCCGGCCUUUUGCUGUAUGUGUUCAAAUGAAAGUGUGUCAUUACAAAAAACCCCCGCGAGCAAGUGAGCCGAUGUCUGAUGGAUGUUCGAAUGACAUUCCGGGGGAUGAUCGUCUUACUCGCUGCUAGCUUCUCACCUCGGUGUCGCUCCUCCUCUAUACUCUAUCGUGUAGUAUUUAUAUAGCUGAUAUAUACGAGCUCGAUGCAAUUAUCACGAGGGCCGUACGGAACAAAGUGUAGUUUAUUUAAGUAAGCUCUUGCACAUUUUUCUUCCUUUCGGAUCAAAUUCGAGCGUUUUAUACGCACUUUUAUCAUUCUUUUUUCCGAUUUUGGCUUUUGCUAAGAUUUGGUUUCUUCUUCUUCUUGUCUCAUCAACCUUGUAUCAUUUUUAUCUCGCGAUAGGUCUCCUUUAUCCUUUUGUCCCGUUUUUUCCCACGGCAUCGUGUUCGUUUAGACGUUUGUGUUUUUCGCUCUCCCUCACGUGUUUAAGUGUAUGUACAUAAGGUUUCGCAUUACUGGCCAGAAAUGUGUAGUGUAAUUGAUAAAUAAUAAAAAACAACAUAUUUGCCAAAUA